UCAAGAUCGUCAGCGCUCGGACAUGGGGGAUCAUCUGCAGGCGCACAGGCCGGCGUCGAUCGAGAAGAUCGCGUUGCCGGAUAAGAAGGCCCUGUUCCACGCCGGCGCGCCGUCGCCGGGGCACCACCACCACUACCACGGCGGCGCCUCCUCCUCCUCGCACGAGGCGCCUGCCGCGAGCAUCACCACGCCGCGGACGGCCGCCGCGAAGCAGCUCCACCUGCCGGGGAGCCCCCGCGCGUGCCUCUGCUCGCCGACCGUGCACGCGGGCUCGUUCCGGUGCCGGCUCCACCGCGGCAUCGGCUCCGGCCUCCACGAGAUGAGCAAGAAGCCCGGCGGCGUAUGACGACGAUGCGGCGCGGGCGACGUCGACGACGGCGGGGUCGUGCCCGCGAACGCAAACACGGCACGAGGCGUGCAUGGGCCAGCUAUUUUAGCUUGCCUUUUUGUCCACAUUUCUUUUUCCUGUUGUGUACAGGGGAAA